AUGGCUGCCGAAAUUAAUAUGUUAUUUAUUAUUAUUAUUAUUAUUAUUAUUAUUAUUAUUAUUAUUAUUAUUAUUAUUAUUAUUAUUAUUAUUAUUAUUAUUAUUAUUAUUAUUAUUAUUAUUAUUAUUAUUAUUAUAUUAUUUAUUUUUUUUUUUUAUUUUUUUAUUUUUCCACCCGAAGAUGUCGCUUUUUUGGAAUUUAAAGAUGUUGAAUUCAAUCAAAGUGAUGAAUUUGGUGUAUUAUUUAACGAAGUUACUAUUGAUAAAAAUGAUUUGAAGUACAAAGUAAAUGUUGAAUUUAGAGAGGCGGAGACAAGUAAAAAUAAAUUGCAAAGGGAUAUCGAAAUAACCAAAAGAAAAUCAACAGAUGACCUAGUUGAAAAAGCAAUCGAGCACUCUACCACCGAAGUUAGAUCAACACAUGAAGCUGCAACAACUUCCAAUAAUGGUGGAAUCACAACUCAAUCAAACAAAAACAAAACGGGUAAAAAAAGAGCUAAUCAAUUACAAUCUGAUGCUGAUUUUACCAAAAGAUUUUCAAACGAAACUUCAUCUGUUAGUAACAAAAGAGAAAGUAGAAGAGUCAAUAAUUAA